AUGUCGGAACCUCAGAAGCCUGCGACGGCCGCACCCGAAAAGGUCGACGAGACCUACACCGAGAGCAAGGCCAAGUUCGAAGGGAAGGCGAAGAGCGAGUACUUUGAUCCUUGCCAAGAGCUUGCGCAGAAGAGUAUUAAAUGCCUGCACCGGAAUGGGGGAGACAGGGCAAUGUGCGGAGAUUACUUUCAGUACGCGGGAGUUUCUUCCUUUUCUUCUGCUAUUCGAGGCUCUUGGGCGCCUGCUGAGCUGCAUGAGAACCCGGAGCUGACUUGA